GUAGGCUGGUUACCAUGGCAACCGGGUAGCUUGGCGCGGACGCAGACGCUCCGGCUUCCCGGAGGAUCUCCGUGAGGAGGGCGCCGCCAAGCCCGGGUCGCCGCUUAGGGGCCCGACCCUCUCAUGGCUUCAAAGGAGAGGGUGGACGCAAUGGGCAAAGGAGCUGGGUUCCGGCGCUGCCCUAAGCAAGCCUCUUACACGCCGGGAACCUGUGAGCUGCUCAGAGUGAUGAUGAAGGAGUCCAAACUGACUAACUUCCAGCAACGCCACAUCAUGGACACCAUGAAAAGAGGAAGCCCUCUGCCCCUGCAGUGUAACCCGACGUCCAGCCAGAGCAGCUCUCCUUCCAGGAAGCCGGCCGCAACCAUCUACCUGCCUCCCAUCCUGGCUACCCACUCUCACCUCCGGCCUGCCAGCAUGUGUCGAGCCAAUGGGGCAUACAGCCGUGAGCAGUUCAAGCCUCAGGCCACCAGAGAUCUGGAGAAGGAGAAACGAAGACUCCAAAAUAUCUUUGCCACUGGGAAGGACAAAGAGGAACGGAAAAAGGCUCCCAAAGUGGUACAGCCAGAGGCCCCAGCUUCUGAGAUGGACCGGUUUGAAGAAUUGGUGAAGGAAAUCCAGGACAGGAAAGAAUUCUUGACUGCCAUGGAGUCUCUGGGACGGGGCAAGCAAUACCGAGGAAUCAUCCUGGCUGAAAUCUCCCAGAAACGACGGGAAAUGGAAGACAUUGACCGCAAGAGGAGUGAGGAGCUUAGGAAGGCCCUCUCGACCACCACCACCACUUAACCCAAGGCAAGGGCUGGCCUGCCCAGCAUGACUGACCACCCAGCCUAACCACCAGAGCCCUUCACUCUUCCAAGCAGUGUCAUCCCCAGCCCUGUCCACCCACAGGGGCCAUGCCAGAUCAUGGCAUGGCAUUGCCCUGGGACACAACAGUGUCUUAGACACUGCCCAGGGAUGCGGAGGCCUCAGUGCGCUCCCGGCUACCUCCAGUCACAGUGUUGAAGCCUUCUCUAGAAGAAAGCCCCAGACACACCACAGAGAUGCCCAGGCCCACCACCUUGAAUAUGCGCCUGAGGGUUCCCCCUUGCUAUCUCUCCUCCCGCCAUAGCCAGCCUCCAGGUGCUCUGAUCUUUGCCUUUCUGAACCUAAGAGUGAACAUGAUUCUUUUCUUCCUAUAUCUUAGGAUCUAUGUCUUUGCCUUCUUUUGUAGCCUUGGGCAAAUGUUUAAACACAGUGAUUAACUAGCCAAUAAACACAUUUAAC